UUCUGCAAAAAUAAAACCCCAUCAGGGUUUUGCCUAUCACUCUCAUUCUUCACCGCCCAUUCACAUACCAAAUAUCCCAAUUACUAUUACUAUAACCCUAAAACCCCACAAACCCAUCUCUGUGUCACAGAAAAAACCACAACCCCAUCUCUUUUUACAAGCUUUUCGUCCCCAAAAUUAAGUGCCUGAACCCAAAAGCCAUGGCUCUUUUCUUGUCAUCAUCAACUCCAAACCCUAGCCAAGGGUCCAAGCCCUUGAACCCAUAUGCCAGGUCCUUCCAACCUUGGCAGAAAUCUCUCCUCACCACUAUGGGACUCUCGGUUCCUCACGAAAUCUACUACCAACAAGCUCAACCGUUUCAGCCGUGGCCAGUUAUGUCUGGUUCUUCUUAUUAUGGGCAUCCCAGUGAGCCCAGGGCUUAUCUGCCUUGUGAAGCAGUAUUCUACGAUGCUGAAUCACAGCCUCAAGUGGUGGUGGAGAAGCUGAAGAGUGUGGAGGUGCAUCAGAGUUUGAGUUUUGGAAAAAGGGUUGAUAGGAGAACCAAGGGACGAGUCGUGGGACCCAGAUUGGUUUCACAAAGAAAGUCUGUAUGGAUGCCGAAGAAGGCUGGUGGUGAUGGUGUUCUUACUUCUCCUUCAACUGUUCAUGGCAAGGCGUUGAAGAGGAGUGGUCGUGUGGUUCCUUUUCCAACUACUGUUGAUGAAGUCCAGCGCUCUGGAACCACAACAGUUAUGAUCAAGAACAUUCCUAACCAGUUCACGAGGGAGAUCCUGCUGUCAAUACUGGACAAGCAUUGUCGGGAUGAGAACCAAAAAGCAGACUCACUGUCAUGCAAGUCUGCUUUCGAUUUUGUCUACUUGCCCAUGGACUUCAUGUCUAAUCUGGGAUACGCGUUUGUGAACUUUACAAAUGCUGUGGCUGCAUUUAGGUUCUUCAACUCUUUCCAUAAACAAGUAUGGGAAGUUGCUAAAAACAAGAAAACUUGUGAAGUCACUGUGGCUGAUAUUCAGGUUUAUUUCCCAUGUAGUUUUUCAAAUAUCAUUCCCAAUUUUUUCAUGUGGUGGGGUUGUUUUCGUUGGUUCUUAUUUAUCUUGUAUGUUUGGCUUCUUUGAGUUUUCAAUUACAACAGUGAUUCAUACUAAUUCCUUCUCUUUGUGCAGGGGAAAGAGGCUUUAAGUGGGAGUUUCAAAACCAGUAGGUUCUGGUGUAAGCGCAAUUCGUUCCUGCCCGUGGUUUUAGAACCUCCAAGGGACGGUUCCAACAACUGCAAGUUCAUGACGGUUGGUGAACAUGUACCUUGUGCACCUCCAAAGCAUCUGAGAAAAACUUCUUGAAAGAUGAAACAAUAUCAAUGUGCUUGUUCUGUCGUUUAGUUUACCCUAGGUUCAGUUUGUUAACAUAAUUACAUAACUCUCUCUCUCUCUCUCUCUCUGACCUUGCUUUGCGUUUAAGUUGGAUCUUGGAAGUUGUAAAUGAUGAUUAGCUAGGUUUGGUUUGUCUA